AUGAGUGACAUAGCAUUAUCAAAGAUCGGAGGAUUAAUCAAAACGGAAGAUGAUUUAAAUAAGAUAGAAUUAAUACGACAACAAUUCACCAAAGAAAAAUCAGCGAUUGAUGUAAAAUUAUCAACUUCAACGCAAUUACAAAUUGAUUCUAUUAGAGACAAUGUAGCUCAAUUAGAUAAUACAAUGAAGAAAAUGACAGAUAUUCAAGGGAGUGUAUCCAAAAUAAAACAAAUUCAUGAAGAAUCCAUAACAUCAGUAAAAGAUUAUGAAAUCAUACGUGAAAUGACAACUAUAAAUCAAUCUUUCAAUCAAAUUUCAAGUUUAUAUAUUGAUAUUAAAAAUUUACAACCACUACUAAAAGAAUUAAAUAAUGAAAUAUUAAAAGAAUAUAAUGGGAUUCAUGAUGAUUUAUUAUAUCCAUUACCAAAUUUUUUGGGAAUUCAUUAUAGAUAUACACAAAUACGGAAUUUUCAAGAUUAUUUGGAAUAUUAUACAAGAUCAUUAUCUGAUGAUUUAAAAUCAAUUAUUUAUAAUAUUAUAUCCAAUGUAAAAGAAACUAUUAAAUUAUUUGAUGAAUUAGUUAAUGAAUGUAUCAUGUCGAUAACGGAAACUGCAAGGGAUAAUAAUUAUACUUGUUUAUAUAAUCUAAUUGCAAUAAUUUUAUGGGAAGAUCAACAAGAUAUAAAAUUAGAAUUAAUGGAUAAUUUACAAUUACUUAAAUUUGAUAUAAAUCAAGAUUAUCAAAAUUUCAGAAGCAAAAAAAGACACUAUAAAAAGUUCUUUUUUGAAAAAUUUAAAAUAUCACUUGAAUCACAAUUUAAUGAAUGUAUAAAUUUUUAUUCACAAGAUAAAAUUGCAUUGUACGAUAAUUUACAAUGGUUAGAAGAAGAAAUUUUAUUUAUUCAUGAAGUAUUAAGUCCUUUAUUUCCAAAAGAAUGGGGGAUUGAUGAAUUUGUACAAAAAGUAUAUUAUGAUAAAUUACACGAUUUUACAAUGGAAAUGAUUAAUCAAGAACCACCAGCUGAAGAUAUUUUGAAAAUAUUACUGUAUGAUAAAAAAUUUGAAAAUUUUAUAAAAGAAUGUGACGGUAAAACAACUUCAAUUAUUGGUGAAGAUUUGAAAACUACUGUACUUGAUGAUUAUUUAAAUUCAAUCACAUCGAAAAUGAAAGAAUGGAAUCAAAGCUUAAUAAAUCAAGAAACAAAAUUUUUCACUGAAAGAUUAAAAGCACCUGAUGUUUAUCCAUAUGAAGAUGUUAUUGAAGAUGAAGAUAAUUUUAAUAAUAUAACUUCUGUUAGUAUACACAUUUCAGCAUUUGUUUUACCUGAUUUUAAAACUCCAUUGAAUAUGUUGAAACAACAAGCUGAUGUUGCAGCAGAAUCACAAUACUCCAAAAUUUUAGUUGAAGUUAUUGAAAGUUGGUGUUCAUGUACAACAAUAAGAAUUGAAAAUUUCAAGACAAUAAUUGAUGAAGAAAAUGAUAGAUAUUUUACGGUCUUCAAUAAUGAGAAAUUUUUAGUUAAAGAAAGUAAAGCAAAAAAAUUAUUUACCAAAAAGCCAACAAUUGUGAAUAUUGAUGAAUUAACUCCAGAAGAACAACAAAAUAUUUCAAGAGAGGGACUUAUUGAAUAUUUAUCAGCAUUAGCAAAUUCAUUGGAGAUAAGUAAUGAAACAAUAAAUGAAAAAUUUACAAAAACAUACCUAGAUAAAGUUCAUUCAAAUUAUCAUACUAGAAUAUCAGAAGCAUUUCAAACAACUACAGACAAUUCCAUUGAAUUAUCUAUAAAAAUAUCAAAUUCAAUAUGUAAAAUCAUUAUUAACGAUUUAUACCCCGAAUUAUGUAAAUUGUUUAGUAAAAAAUGGUUAGAAGAUGGUCAAAAACAAACUGGAGAAGUAAUGAUGGCUUCAUUAAUAGCAGAAACCAUUGCAGAAUAUAUGAGAGAUUUAAGAUCUUAUUCCAUUUAUACAGUUUAUAAAGAUUUAUUUCAAUUAUUAUUAGAUAAUUUUGUUUGUUCAUAUUUAAAAAUUGGGUUUGAAAAUAUCUUGUAUGGUGAUGGUAAAAAAAUCAAUCCAGAAGUUCAAGGUUAUAAAUCAUUUGCUUCUAGAAUAAGGUUAGAUGCUGAAUUAUUAUUUGAUGGUUUACAAGAUUUAUUCACUAAAAAGGAUUUACAAUAUUUAUUUACUUCAUUAUCAGCUAUUGAAAAAAUCGGAGAUUUAGCUACUUGUCCCGAUCCAAUGAUUAAUAUUCCAGCAAUUUGGUCUUCUGAUAUUUUACCUAUUUUUUAUAAUUGUUCAUUAGAUUAUAUUAAAGCAGUCGUUUAUUGUAGAAAAGAUAUGGAAAAAACUCAAUGGAAAAUUUUAGAAAAACAAUUGAUUGAUUUACAAAACGAUUAUCAUAAUAAAGUUGAUGCACCUCAAUUUUCAGUAUUAACUUUGGAUAAUUUUGAAAUAAAUAUUUGA